UUUUUCAAAAGCUCCUCUUUGUUUCAGAUACGAUGGGCCUUCGUUCGCCGGGCGGUCCCAUGCGGGGCCGAUCCGUCAAGGAAUUCGAGGAGCAGUUGAGCAACUUGAAGAAGGAAAAUUUUAAUUUGAAACUUAGGAUUUAUUUUUUAGAAGAAAAGAUGGGCAGUCAUUUUACUCUGGAUAAUGAUAAUGUCGUUAAGAAGUAUAUUGAAUUGCAGGUAGAAUAUUCGAAUCUCCAAAAAGAAGUACAAGAGAAACACGAGUUGCUAUGCCAGGCAGUUAAGGCGAUGGAACUGGAAGACGAGGAACACAAGAAAUAUGUGGCCAGCAAGGAAGAACAGCUGAACAUGUGUCAGCAGGAACUGGAAGAUCUCAGGAUGCAGCUGCAGGAUACAAAAUUCGAUUCAGAUGGAUUGUCUCUCAAGUCUGAUACGACUGGGUUUUACAGUAGUCGAGCGACCAACAGCGGCUCGUUGGUACCAGAACUGCAAGAAAAAAUAAAAAUGUUGGAAACUGAGGUACAACUAGAAGUGAUAUGAGUUUUUUAGUAGCCU